GUUGUCGGCUGGGAAAUGGCGGCCGCGGGCUUGGUCGCUGUAGCCACAGCUGCAGAAUAUUCCGGCCCAGUAGCGUCGGGAGGUAACCUCUCCGGUGUUAACUGCGGCCCAAGCUCUGGGACAGGUCCCGGUCCUGGCCCGGGCUCGUGGAGCCGUUCCCUCGAUCGAGCGCUGGAGGAGGCGGCGAUAACCGGGGUGCUAAGCCUGAGCGGCCGGAAACUGAGGGAGUUUCCCCGGGGAGCGGCCAACCACGACCUGACGGACACCACCCAGGCUGAUCUGUCAAGAAAUCGCCUCUCAGAAAUUCCCAUAGAAGCAUGUCAUUUUGUUUCUCUUGAGAAUCUCAAUUUAUACCAAAAUUGUAUUCGGUAUAUACCAGAGGCGAUUCUAAACCUACAAGCUUUAACAUUCUUAAAUAUUAGUCGGAACCAACUGUCAACAUUACCAGUACAUUUGUGUAAUUUACCAUUGAAAGUCUUAAUUGCUAGUAAUAACAAAUUGGUCUCACUUCCAGAAGAAGUUGGACAUCUCAGACAUUUAACAGAACUUGAUGUGAGCUGCAAUGAAAUUCAAACAAUACCUUCCCAAAUUGGUAAUUUGGAGGCCUUGAGAGACCUUAACGUAAGAAGAAAUCACUUAGUACGUUUGCCUGAAGAGCUGGCAGAGUUACCUUUGAUACGGUUAGACUUCUCCUGCAAUAAAAUUACAACAAUCCCUGUUUGUUAUCGGAACCUCAGGCACCUACAGAUGAUUGCCCUAGAUAACAAUCCAUUACAGUCUCCUCCUGCACAGAUAUGUAUAAAAGGCAAAAUCCACAUAUUUAAGUACCUGAACAUACAGGCUUGUAAGAUUGCUCCAGAUCUGCCAGAUUAUGAUAGGAGACCCUUGGGUUUUGGCUCCUGCCAUGAAGAACUAUACUCAGGUCGCCCUUAUGGAGCCCUUGAUUCAGGUUUCAAUAGUGUUGACAGUGGUGAUAAGAGAUGGUCAGGGAAUGAACCUACGGAUGAAUUUUCAGAUCUGCCUCUUCGAGUAGCAGAAAUUACUAAAGAACAAAGACUACGAAGAGAAAACCAGUACCAAGAGAAUCGCAGCAGUGUGGUAGUAACAAAUGGUGGAGUGGAACAUGAUCUGGAUCAGAUUGACUACAUUGACAGCUGUACUGCAGAGGAAGAAGAGGACGAGGUGAGACAACCCAAGAGCCUGGACUCAGACAGCCUCAGUUCACAGUUUAUGGCAUAUAUUGAACAACGGCGAAUCUCUCAUGAGAGUUCACCAAUAAAGCCAGUACCCAUGAGGGAGUUUCAAAAAACAGAAGACAUGAGAAGAUAUUCACAUCAGAACAGGGUUCCAGUUGAGCCAUCUUCUUUCUUGUCACUAUCACCAAGUCACAAUCAGGUAUCACAUACAGACUUAGAACUUCACCGGAGAAGAGAACAAUUAGUAGAGCGCGCUCGGAGAGAGGCACAGCUUGCUGCCUUACAGUAUGAGGAGGAAAAAAUAAAGACCAAGCAGAUUCAGAGAGAUGCUGUCCUGGACUUUGUCAAGUGUCCCUUCCCAUCCAGAAGGUCUCAACACACUGAUGAUAGUGCCUUGUUAGUGUCGCUGUCAGGGUUGAAUCAAGUGGGCUGUGCUGGUACCCUGCCUCAUUCUUCUGCCUUCACACCUCUUAAGAAUGAUGACAGAUCUAAUGCUGUAUCAAGUUCACCUGCAACAGAAACAGUUCAUUCCCCUGCAUGUUCUUUUCCUGCUGCUAUCCAGAGAAACCAGGCCCAGCGCCCUGAAAGCUUCCUUUUCCGAGCAGCUGUCAGGGCAGAAACAAGUAAAGGUCAUGCUUCACCCCUUCUUUCGUCUUCUGCACCUACAGCUGAUUCUACAGAUCCCAUAACAAGACAGAAUUCAAGGCAGAGAGAAGAAGAACUGGAAUCGAUAGAUCAGCUACGGAAACAUAUUGAGUACCGGUUGAAAGUAUCUCUGCCUUGUGAUCUUGGAGCAGCUCUAACUGAUGGUGUUGUUCUUUGCCAUUUGGCCAAUCAUGUGUGGCCUCGAUCUGUCCCAAGUAUUCACGUCCCCUCACCAGCUGUACCUAAAUUAACAAUGGCAAAAUGCAGACGAAAUGUGGAGAAUUUUCUAGAAGCUUGCAGGAAAAUUGGUGUACCUCAGGAGCAAUUAUGUUUGCCUCUCCACAUUUUAGAAGAGAAAGGUUUGAGCCAGGUUGCAGUGACGGUCCAGGCUCUCCUGGAACUCGCUCCACCCAAGCAGCAGCAGCACCAGUUAUCUGCUGUUUAAGGGCUCCCAGCACGCUGGGCACUGGCCUGGCCAGAACGGAACAGAACAACGCGAUCGCUGCUGCCAGCCGCCUACUUCAACGCGCUCGUAUGUGUUCUUAUAGGGGACUGUUUCCAUGAUUCCUCACAGGAAUAUUUCACUUCAUUUCUCCAUUUUAGGGGAGGUUAUGUCCAUUUCCAUUGAACACGUGGUUAGUUUUCACAAAUGAAAUGCAAUCCUAUCAUUACUGAGAACCAACACUGAAGCCUAACCUGGCUGUGCUUUCCUAGAGUGUAGGCUCUUUUUCACAUGCCAGAAAGUGUCUUCGCAGAGGAUGCUGAACUCUCUUGAAGGCACAGAUAUGCUAUUAUCUUUACCUAUUUCCAAGACCUCUCGAGUCCACUGGUUUCUAAACUUGGUGUUCAAUAGAAUCUCCUGGAGCAUUUGUUAAAAUACAGGUUCUCGUUCAGUAGGGUCUAGAAUGAGGCCUGGGUAUCUGCAUUUUCAACAGACAUUCCAGGUGUUUUCUAUAAUGGAUGGAGACCACUGUUCCCAGCUAGAUAUUUGUAUGAUUUGGAGGAGUAAUGACUCCACUGUGUUUUUCAGCCACAUUUAAAAUCAAAAGCUCUAUUAUAACUACUUGGAACUGUUCUGUCCAAGGCAAAACAAAUAACAUAGGACUGGGUUUUUUGGACAAAAAUCUUUUGUCCUUUGCAAAACAGAAACAAUGUAGAAGUCCUAGAUUUUGCAUGGUAAAACAGAAACAGAUAGAGUUGCAUUUAAGGCCAGUGUCCUAGGCCUAACCCCCAAUUUCAGCCUACCACCACUUGUAGGGAUGGGGAACCUUGUUUCUGCCAAGGGCUAUUUGGAUAUUUAUAACAUCAUUCACGGGCCAUACAAAAUUAUUAACUUAAAAUAGUGAGGCGUGUGAUGUUAGCUAGUAUUGAUUUCAAGGGCCUUAUAUGGCCCAGGGGCUGGAUGUUCCCCACCCCUGAGUCUCAGAGGAUGGUUCCAGAUCUCAGGCUGGUAACAUGCACUAUUCAGCAUCAUUUGCAUCGACUUCAUUGAGCUUCCCCCAUGCUGCUCCCAAGAUACCUGGGGCUGCCAACACCUUCCAGUCAGCAGUAUACUUCCAGCUUCCCAACUAAUGGAAAACUAUGAAAACAAGGCAAAAGAAAUAAAGGAAAAGCCAAGAGUCUUAUAUUUCUUUCAGGUGACUACCAGUUCCCAUGACUGAUUUAAAGCACUUGUAGUGUCUUAGCAGCUUGCUGUCUUCAUCUGGCUCCACCAUUAGAGUGUGUUCACUCAGUUGUGUGGAGCAAAAGGGCCCAAGAUUUCCCGCAACACAAAGCUAGGAGCCUUUACCUAAGCCACUUGGGGGAAAAAAGGUUAAGCCUAUUGGAUCUUCCUUCCCUAUAUUUUGAACCCUUUUUAGUUGUCAGUGAUAGGUUUUGAUCAUUGCCUUUAUAAACCAAGUAAAUAGAACAAGUGAAGAUACUAAUUAUCUAGGCUGUUAUGUUGUUAACUGUUCUGGGCUUUACCAAUGCAUGCAUUUGAGCAUACUGUUCUCACUUUUUGUAUCAUGUAAAUGCAGCAUUUAAAAGUAACUUUGUAUAAAAUCAUGUGUUGAGUAUUUAGUCAAAAUAAUGUUUUCUACUUGUUCUCACAAGGAAACAAGUUCAUCAGAACAUUACCGCUUUGUCCAAGUUUAAAAUUACAUAACACAGAACAUUACACUCAAAGCCCAAUGCUUAUGGUCCUCACAGAACAAAAGUAAAAUGUCUUUUAAGUGCUUAGAGCCAGACACAGCUCCAGACACACCCACCAAUCAUAUGACUUGUUUAGAAUUUAGCUAUGUGUACUUUUAAACUAUAGGUAUUUUCCCUUCCAGUCAACAUUGAACCUCGGAACUAUCUCCAAAUUAUAGAGAGCCAUUUAAAUGAAACUUAGCAAAGGAUGGGACUCUUUGUGACAUAUUAUGCAAGGAAUAAUUCCAGAAAACAUACAUAAUGCAACAUUUGGAACAUUUGCAACUAAUUUUCCCAGAGGAAUAAAUGGAAAUUCCAGUUUAUUUCAAAUUU